UGAGGGUGUCAUAGGUUGUUUUUGUUUCGAUGGGCAGCUGACAAUUGAGCGACUGCCCUAGUUUUUAAUGUGACAUGCUAUAGACGUUGCCGGUCAGCAUAAAGGCAUUUUAAAAAGUUAGCCCACGUCUGUUCAAUGGGUGCCGUUGAAAGCACCGAAGGGGAAAGGGAACCUUUGCUGGUUCCAUCCCAGCCGGCGACAAACACACAGCCUGUGUUGAGCAGGGUGUAUGGGAGAAGAUGGUUUGUUCUCACCAUGUUUUCAUUGUUGGGUUUUAUGCAAGGACUUGUGUGGAACACCUGGGGCCCGAUCCAGAACUCUGCCAAACAUGUGUUCGGGUUCACAUCGACAGAUAUCGCGGUUCUGGUGAUGUGGGGUCCAGUGGGUUUCCUGCCCUGGCUGUUGUUUAUGUGGUUGAUGGAUAAGAAAGGGUUGCGAGCGUCUUUGCUGCUGUCAACAUUCUUCAUGGUUCUGGGCGCAGUGUUACGAAGUGUUCCCCUUACAGACCUGUACUACAGACGCUGGUUGAUUCAUGGAGGUCAACUUCUGAAUGGUUUAGCUGGUCCUACCAUUAUGAGUGCCGGUCCUCUGCUCUCUACUACUUGGUUUGCUCCUGAUCAGAGAGCUACAGCCACUGCUAUUGCAUCACUUAUCGGCUACCUGGGGUCAGCCUGCGCCUUUCUGAUUGGUCCGUUGGCUGUCCCUGCACCCAAUGGCACUGUGGGAGGCACCGUUUACUGGAAACAAAACCACAUAGCAGACAGGAUACAGUUUGUUCUUUACGCAGAGGGUGGAAUGAUUGCAGCACUUUUCGUGGCUGUGAUGUUAUACUUCCCCUCCAGGCCACCCAUCCCUCCCAGCGUGGCAGCGGCUAGCCAACGUCUCAGCUACAGGAGCAGCAUCUGCAGACUGCUGAGCAACAUGCGUUUCCUGAUGAUAGCACUCGCCUACUCCGUGCCCACAGGGGUUGCUGCCGGCUGGGCCGGUGUGUUGGACAUGAUUUUAACACCUGCUAAAGUCAGCCAGGUGGAUGCUGGCUGGAUCGGGUUCUGGUCCAUAGUUGGAGGCUGUGUGUUUGGUGUGGCCAUGGCGAGGUUUGCUGACUAUAUUCGAGGAAUGCUGAAGCUGAUUUUGGUGCUGAUGUUUGCUGGAGCAUCUUUGGCAGCCACCUGGUUCACUCUCACCUGCCUGACCAGGCUUACUCACCUGCCCUCCACUAAAGCCACUCUCUACACUUCCUGCAUCCUGGUGGGUAUCUUCAUCAACAGUAGUGUGCCCAUCUUCCUGGAGUUGUUCAUUGAGACGGUUUACCCUGUUCCUGAGGGCAUCACCUGCGGAGUGGUCACCUUCCUCAGCAACCUCUUCACUGGACUUUUGCUGUUUUGCCUCACCUUUUACUUUACAGAGCUCUCCUGGUUGAACUGGUGUCUGACAGGCUCCUGCGUCUUCAGUCUCCUGCUCCUCCUCUUCUUCAGGGAAUCGUACGACCGUCUCUAUUUAGACGUCUUCGUUUCUGUCUGAGCACACCGCGUGAGCUUUUUUUCAGCAGAAGACUGAAGGCUUGUCUUUUUAUGGGCACUAUAUUCCAGCAGAGUGCAGAGAAAGGGCACACAGCAUGUUGCUCACUUUUAUGGAUCUGUGCUUUUUUGAAAAAUGUUGUAAUUGUGAAAUAUAUGACCAGCAGUGGUGGCAGGCAGUGCAUUGUGUUAGCAUCAUAACUAACAGCGGGAACGGAGUCCCGACUAAGGAGGAAAGAAGUGUAGAUAUUGACCUUUCUACUUGACAUUUUACCUCCUGGAUGCAUCCCUUUUGUAUUUUAUUUUACUUUUUUUACCUUUUUAAAAACAAUUAAUGGAAUUAUGUGUUUACAUUUACUGGCACAAUAUAAGAGACGUUUAUUGCGUAAAGAGGUACAGACACAAGCGGAUCUACUCACGGAUUUGGCAGUACCCCACAGUGAUGACUCCUCUAGUGCUCUCACCACAUCUAAUGGGAGUGUAAUGGAUAAUUAUAGACAAGCUCAAUUAGCCGCCUGGCGGGAGCUAUGGCCGUCUGUGGACCGGGGACCUCUUAGAGCUGUAGUGUCACUUGUGAAUAGCCUGUGGGAUCUAAGCUUUAAUUGACCUGUGAUAGGACUGUCAAUAAGUGGUAUACUCUGUGGUCCUCCAGUCUACUUGUUUUCCUUAUCAACCCACAUUAUGCAAAGGAUAAUUCACUCCGCUGUGGGGUUUAGCUAAUCACCUUGCGGCCAUUAGUCUGAUUCUGGAUCACGUCACCACAAGGUGUCUGAGGUCAUAGUUUGUAUGAUGAGGGAUCUGUAUUAUUCAUGUUUAGGUAGCCAUUUGUGUUCGUCCCAUUCUCAUGAUACUGCUUGGUUUUAUAACUGUAGCAUGCACACAGUGGGUGUCUGUUGCACAAGCAUUUUAGGCUUUUAUAAUUUUAUGCAAUUGAUCAUGCAUUUAAAUGUAAUUUAUGAACUCAUUUUAGGGAUUAAUACACUAAUACUGAUGAUAAGGGAUUGUUAAUGGUUUUUAUGUCUGAGUACUGUUGCAGAAGAGCAUUUGAACGUGGCAUUAUGGACUGCUGGAACAGUACAACACUAUUCACCAGCAAUAAUAGCCAUGUUCGGUAGCCUUUCGUGAUUUGUGGCAUAACCUAAUGCAAAAACGAGUGCAAUACUCCCUCUCGAGUUUAAAAUACGGCCUGUUGUAUGACCCAUGCACACGCUGCUCUUUCCUGCAUUUUUCAGCAUGAAGCCCAUUUAAAUCUGGACAGCUUUGCCGCUUUCACUUGGCGAUUUAAAACUUAAACGAAUCUCUAUCUGUGGCUGGAUUUAGUCUUGACUUGAUUGACUGUUAUCAGUGGAAGAAAAGCAUUUCAUGGACACGGUAAAUCCACAGCUUUCCAACGUGAACUUUGGACACACACGGUUUUGUUCUUCUCUGGGAAAAGCCUGCAUGUGAAUCACUUUUUCGUGUCUUUGUAAAGAACGGUUCUCAAAUUUACCUGUCGUUAACGUUGCCUUAAUUAACAGUGACCUUUGUUCUGUCCUCCUCUCCACUGUGAUGUGCGUGCCGUGCUGCGGUCGGUGCUUGUGCUCUGUUCUGUCACUGUAAUGUUAAUCGUAAGUGGCACUGGAGAGGCGUACGUGCCCCUGCCCAUGUGCAGAUACAUGUCAAAGAUUUUUAGCACCUUAUUAAAAAGAUGUUUUUGAAAAGGAA